CUCUGUAAAUCACGAGGAGCGAGGGAACCCUCACCUCUCUAUUCUCUCAUCAUUAUCAAUCAAUCAAUAUUAUAAACACAAACAAAGAUCCUUCCUCAGAUUUCCAUUUCUCUAUUUUCACGCUUCGAUUCUGGUCUUCUCCGUCGCUGGCGUAACCCACAUUGCUCCGAUCCAGUAUCUGUUCGGAGCUGCCUGCAUUGGAUCGGGGAGUAUCGUAAGGAUCUGAGGUUCGUGAUGCUCUGAAGGUUUGUUUGAUUUGAUUGGUGUUAUUGUGUGAAAAGAAGAUGGAUCCGUUAUCGGCAAUCAGCGAGGAGCUGGCGGAGAUCGACGGCCAAAUCGCCGACGUCUUCCGUGCGUUAUCAAAUGGGUUUCAGAAGCUGGAGAAGAUUAAGGACUCGAAUAGGCAGAGCCGGCAGCUGGAGGAUCUCACUGAUAAGAUGCGCGACUGUAAGAGACUUAUUAAAGAGUUUGACAAGGAAGUCAAGAAUAUGGAGAGAAGAAUUGAUCCAGACUCAAGUAGAAUGCUGAGUGAGAAAAAGCAGUCAAUGAUCAAAGAGUUGAACUCAUACGUGGCUUUGAAGAAACAAUAUGCAACAAAUCUUGAAAACAAGAAAGCCGAUCUCUUUGAUGUGCCAGCUAAUGAAUAUGCUGAACAAAAUGUGUUGCUAGCCUCAGGUAUGACAAAUCAGCAACUUAUUGAUAAUGGACAUCAAAUGAUGGAUGAGACUGAUCAAGCCAUUGAUAGAGCACAAAAGGUUGUUCAUGAGACUAUCAACGUUGGAACAGAGACAGCAGCAACUCUCAAGGCUCAAACUGAACAAAUGAGUAGGAUUGUUAACGAGCUGGACUCUAUCCAUUUCUCAAUCAAGAAGGCUACUAAGCUGGUGAAGGAAAUUGGUAGGCAGGUUGCAACUGAUAGGUGUAUUAUGGGAUUGCUUUUCCUUGUUGUCAUUGGAGUCAUAGCCACCAUCAUUGUGAAGCUUGUUCAUCCGAACAACAAAGACAUUCGAGAUAUUCCUGGAUUGGCCCCUCCUGUGAUGAACCGCAAAUUACUGUGGAGUCCUUGUUGAUAAGAGUUCGAAGAGAGUUGACAAUGAAUGAUAUGAUAAGAAUGCCAAGACGAUGUGCAUUCAUGGUCAGAUGACUAUUAGCUUGUGAUGCUGUUCUUGGCCCUGUUUUAUAGAGCAGGUAAUGGAUGACUUCCCAUUAAGUUGCUAUAGAUACCGGCUCAAUUUCCAGAAAGCUAGUCUCAUCACUGUUGUUGUG